AUGGCGGCCGCCGCAUUGCCAUAUCAUGAGCCAGGCAUCGUCACGAUCCUCAUCCUUUCUUCAUUCCUCAUCCUUUCCAAUGUCGUCAAUUGGAUCUUCGACAGGCUGCUCUUCUGCGGCCUCAUCGGUCAGAUUGCCAUUGGAGUGGCAUGGGGCACGCCCGGAGGGAACUGGCUGUCUCUUGAGAUCCAAGAUGCUAUUGUCCAGUUCGGAUAUUUGGGCUUGAUCGUGCUGGUGUAUGAGGGUGGGCUACAAACCGACUUGAACACGCUGAGGUCUAACCUAUUCCUCGCAUCUCUGGUGGCCAUCAUCGGCAUCGGCACUCCAAUGGCCCUGUCAUUCACAUUGCAAGGCUUCAUGAACAUCACUCCGGUCCAAGCAUUCGCUGCGGGUGCAGCUCUAUGUUCGACCUCGCUUGGCACAACAUUCACUAUCCUCGCGACGAGUGGUCUGAAUCAGAGCCGAUUAGGUGUUGUACUGUCGAGCGCGGCUAUGAUGGACGAUGUCGUCGGCCUAGUCAUGAGUGGCAUCAUCGCAAGCCUGGGACAGUCUUCGGACAACUUUAGCGCCAUCAUUGUCAUUCGACCGGUCUUCGUGUCCAUCGCAUUCGCCGUGCUGCUACCCGUGAUAUGUGCAUUCAUCGUCAAACCAUUGACGAAAGUGUGCUAUAAACUCAUCACGAAGCGCAGAGACUCAAAGCUACAUACCACCCUGACCACGGAAGGUGCAGCAUUCUGCCUUCACGUCGCGGUUCUCACAGCUUUGAUCACCGGAGCGAUCUACGCUGGAACAUCCGGUCUUUUCGCGGCGUACCUCGCGGGUGCUUCGAUCUCCUGGUGGGACGCACUCUGCACCGAACUGCGGGAUUCGAACUCGCGCUCAACAGUGAUCCGCGACGAGACAGCAGACUCGACUUCACAGGACAACUCAGCGGAGCCCAAGGAACCAGUCAGCAAGACAUCCUCCUCUCAGACCUCCCCCUCCACCACAUCUCCACCUCCCACCUCCCACGCCCACCUCCACGGCACAGCAAUCUUCACCAAACACAUCUCCCCCGCCCUCCACUCCAUCCUCCAACCCUUCUUCUUCGCCUCCAUCGGCUUCUCCAUCCCCAUCUCCCAAAUGUUCACCCCCUCGAUCCUCUGGCGCGGAAUCGUCUAUUCCAUCCUCAUGGUCCUUGCGAAGUUAUUCUGCGGUCUAUGUCUCAUCCGCUUCUCCGGGCCUUCCUCCCCCGGCAAUCGCAUCCCAAAACCCAUGUCCCUCUAUCCCGCGACGAUGCUCGGCUUCGCCAUGGUCGCGCGCGGGGAAAUUGGAUUUCUCAUCAGCGCCAUUGCCGAAAGCAAAGGGGUCUUUGGAGAUGUUCGCGGCGAAGGGAGCGGUUCUUCGGAACUGUUCUUGGUCGUGACGUGGGCGAUUUUACUGUGUACGCUUCUCGGGCCGAUUGUGGUGGGGACGAUGGUGAAGAGGAUUAAGAGGUUGCAGGCUGCGGAGAGGGAGAAGAGGACGGGGAGGGAGGAUCCGUUGGGGAUUUGGGGG